ACAGCUAAAUGGGGUCUGCAAAAAUUCCUUCUGUUUUCCUUUUGUACGUUGUUUUCCUUGUUAUUUUGGUUUUCAAGGGCAUCAACGGUCAAGUAAACAAUUGGCUUAACGGCCAUGCAACUUUCUAUGGAGCCAAUCAGAACCCCACUACCCAGGGAUCUUAAUAUAUAGGUGGAGCUUGUGGCUAUGAUAACACUUUUCACGCUGGGUUUGGAGUGAAUACAGCUGCUGUUAGUGGUACACUUUUCAGAAGUGGUGAGGCAUGUGGUGCUUGCUACCAAGUGAUGUGCAACUACAGGCUUGAUCCUAAGUGGUGCCUUCCGCGCCGCAUUAUGACAGUGACCGCCACCAAUUUCUGUCCUCCAAACAACAAUGGAGGGUGGUGUGAUCCCCCUCACGAUCACUUUGACAUGUCCAUGUCUGCUUUCUUUCGCAUUGCACGACAGGGCAAUGAAGGCAUUGUUCCUGUACUGUAUAAAAGGGUCUCAUGCAAAAGGAGAGGCGGAGUUCGUUUCACCUUGAAGGGACAAUCAAAUUUCAACAUGGUGAUGAUUUCCAAUGUUGGCGGUAGUGGUGACGUGAAGGCUGUAUGGAUAACAGGUUCCAACUUAAGAAGCUGGGUUCCCAUGCACAGGAAUUGGGGUGCAAACUGGCAAAGUAGCAUCGAUCUUCGAGGCCAAAAACUGUCAUUUAAGCUCAAUUUGGUUGACGGAAAAACUCUUCAAUUUUCCAAUGUUGUUCCUUCGACAUGGAAGUUUGGGCAGACAUUUUCUUCCCAAAACCAGUUCUCUUAAUUCGUUGCACCUUUGUCACAAUAACAUGUCCUACAACAAAUAGCUUUUUGAUGGUUCAAGGACAUCUAUUACAUUAUUUUAGUGAUACUGAGGACAAUGACAUUUAUGGACGUCAUUGUACCAUGCAUAAUUUGUUUAAUAAUUUUGCUUGUAAUUCACAUAUGUA